AUGGUACAAAGGCUUCUACCGGGCGCACAUAUAUGCAGAAGGUCCUUCAAUUCGUCUGCAAUUAUAAAGUCUUCUGCAUUGACUCUCAAGGAAGCAUUAGAAAACGUGAUACCUAAGAAAAGAGAUGCUGUGAAGAAAUUGAAGGCCUGUUAUGGCAGCACGUUUGUCGGACCGAUUACCAUUUCAUCAGUUCUAGGUGGGAUGAGAGGUAAUCAGUCAAUGUUUUGGCAAGGAACAUCAUUAGAUCCCGAACAUGGCAUUAAAUUUCAAGGUUUAACGAUUGAAGAAUGUCAAAAUAGAUUACCUAAUACAGGUAUUGAUGGCGAUAAUUUCCUGCCAGAAUCAAUGUUAUGGCUGUUGAUGACAGGUGGUGUGCCAACUUUCCAGCAAGCUGCUUCUUUCAGGAAAGAAUUGGCUAUUCGUGGAAGGAAAUUGCCACAUUAUACAGAGAAAGUUUUGUCAAGUUUACCCAAAGAUAUGCACCCUAUGACCCAACUUGCAAUUGGUUUAGCAUCAAUGAACAAAGGAUCCCUCUUUGCUACAAACUACCAAAAGGGCCUCAUAGGAAAGAUGGAAUUUUGGAAAGAUACUCUUGAAGAUUCGCUAAAUUUAAUUGCUUCACUCCCGCUGCUGACUGGGAGAAUUUAUUCGAACAUUACAAAUGAGGGACACCCAUUAGGUCAAUAUAGUGAGGAGGUGGAUUGGUGUACAAACAUAUGUUCCCUGCUCGGCAUGACAAAUGGAACGAACUCUUCUAAUACAUGCAACCUUACUUCCCAGCAAUCCCUGGACUUCAUAAACUUGAUGCGGUUAUAUACCGGUAUACAUGUAGACCAUGAAGGUGGUAAUGUUUCUGCUCACACCACCCACUUGGUUGGAAGUGCGUUGAGUGACCCGUAUCUCAGCUAUUCAUCUGGAAUAAUGGGAUUAGCGGGUCCUUUGCAUGGGUUAGCAGCACAAGAAGUAGUAAGGUUUCUCAUAGAGAUGAACUCUAAUAUUUCCAGCAUUGCACGAGAACAAGAAAUCAAAGAUUAUCUUUGGAAAAUUUUGAAUUCAAACCGUGUGAUCCCCGGUUAUGGGCACGCAGUUUUGCGUAAACCGGAUCCUCGAUUUACAGCAAUGCUUGAAUUUGCGCAAAAGAGGCCUAUUGAAUUUGAGAACGACAAGAACGUUUUGUUGAUGCAAAAAUUGGCAGAAAUAGCGCCUAAGGUUUUGUUGGAACACGGAAAGAGUAAGAAUCCAUUUCCCAAUGUUGACUCUGCAUCGGGGAUUUUGUUUUAUCAUUAUGGAAUCAGGGAAUUAUUAUUCUUUACCGUCAUUUUUGGGUGUUCAAGGGCCAUGGGACCCUUGACACAACUUGUUUGGGAUCGCAUUCUAGGUUUACCAAUUGAAAGGCCCAAGAGUUUGAACUUGGAGGGUCUGGAAGCACUUACCAAAGCAAGCAAUGUUAACAAGUUGUAA